AUGUCUCCCGCAAGAUGCAAUCUCCGCGAAGUAUCUUUUAGCCACCUUUUCCCUCUUGAAGCUGCGCGAGCUUUGUCGGGUGGUCUCGCGAUGGCUGUUGCAUCUGCGCAUUCUCGAGGCUUUGUUCACGGGGAUAUCCACCUUCGCAACGUGCUGUCGCCAUUACCGAACGCAGCAAACAGCCGCUUCCUGCCAACAUUCCGACCACCACUGGUUAUGCGACCUCCAGAAGCUAGAUUCGCACCAUUGUCUCCUCUCUCCUAUUCAGCAGACAUCUGGAGCCUAGCUUUUGCGAUAUGGGAGAUAAUCGGUAUGAAAGCUAUAUUUAGUAGCGAGUUCGCGACUGCGGAUGACGUAUUUGCGCAGCAGAUUGAUGUUCUCGGGGCAUCAUCUUUGCCGCCGGAAUGGUGGGAUGCAUGGGAACAACGAAGUAACUUUUUCUCCUCAUCGUCGGAUCAGAAGAUAAAAAUUCCAAGGGAGGAUCGGUAUGUCUGGCCACCGCUUGAUGAGGCCUUUGAGGAAGGAGUGCAAAAAUAUCGACGGCAAAGUCAAAAGGUGAAAGAGUUUGAUGAAGAGGAAAUGACAGCCAUUCUUGAGCUUAUGCGCCGAAUGUUCGGGUUUCGACCGGAAGAUAGACUUACUGCAGAUGAAGUCUUGCAAUCAAAUUGGAUGGUCAAAUGGGCGCUGCCUGAGUUUUUUAAGACUUUAGAGAUGAUGUGA